CACACAUUGUGAUGUUUGAGAAGAAAGAAAAUUUGUCAAUGAAACAACAUGCAUGCCUAAAAUUCUGCUCUGUGCGCGGGUGUAACCCAUGGAUUUGUCUAUUAAAUAUCUAUAUAACACGGAGUAGAUGGGGAGCAAAGAAAUUCGGAUUAUAAAAUAGAUUCUGAGGCUCAAGAUCUCAUGCAAUUAUCACUUUCCACACACGGAUUUUUGCCGGUGAGCGGUCAGUCAUUUCGACCUGUAACAAAUUGGUGCUACCGCGCUGCGCAAAUCGGCUUCAAUUUUGGUGGAUUUAAACUGCCAUUUGGAAUGACCACCGAUAUGUUGAAAUUACUGACCAAGAAGUUAAAAUCACAGAGUCUGAGCGAAGGAAGUGACCCCUACCAACACGAGGACGCUGACGAUGAAGAACGAGACUCCGGCACAGAAUCCGAUGAAAACUUUGAUGAUGAUCUCUAUGGCUCUCACACCAGUCUCGAUGAUUUGCCACACAAAAACAACCACAACAGUAACAACAACAACACAAGCAACACAGACCGCAUUGGCGACAAAACACAAGAUCUUGACUUGCCUGGGGCAAAAACCCACGAGAUCAGCGAGCACAACUUUGACACGGUCAGCUGCACCUCUGAUUACGAGCGGCACAGUUUAGAUUUUGAUCGCCACAGUUCGGAAGACGAACUCGUGAACAUUAACAAAGAGAAUGUUAGGGAGAAGCGCAAGUGGUCAGACAUGAAUUUUUGCGGAUACUGUGAUAGCGAAGAUUCGUCAGACGACGAAGUGAAAGAAUUUCUGCUAAAUUCUCAACCAGUCUUGUUAAGUGCAAGUCCACCAAAAGGUGUUCAGAAAGUUAAAGUGUAUUCAAAAUCGGCAGGCCAGACACAAAGACGGGUUUUGGCGGGAAUGGCCCCAAUUACAGUGACCACCAUGUCUCCACGGAAACGGCACAGGCUGAAUAAGUCCUCGGACAAAAAAUCGGACGAUGCGUAUGACUCUGAUUCAGGCCCUGUCACACAAAGGCCGUGUCUGGAUUUUGAAAAAAUGCAGCAAGUGCAAGCUUUUGUGUGAUCAUGAAUCUUGUGUUCAAAAUGUGGAAAAAAAUGACAGGUAGGGACAGUUUCUGCAGGGCUAUGUUAACAUUCUUAGGGACAGAAAUAUUUCUCUCUACAGUAGGAGAAAGUAGAGAAUUAUUCAGGGCGGAAUAGUGCUAGGGCAAAUUGGAAUGGACGUUUUUAUUAAAAUUGGACAUGAUUUAUUUUUUCAUUUUGUAUCUGACUUGACCAACCUUUCCAUUAAUCAUUUUGCUUUACUGCUUUUUGUGAUUAUAUUAACCCUUCCUGUGCGGCGACCGGAUUUAUCCGGUCAGGCAAUUCUUAACCCGGCUCAUGCGGCAACCGGAUAAAUCCGUCAAAUCAUACAAUUUCCCAUACUCCAUUUAAUAAUCCUCCUCCUAGAUAAUCCAAUGUUGUCAUCAACAUUCUUAAACAUAAUCCAUUUCCUAAGUCUUUUCUCCAAUAUCUUUUAAUAUCCUUGUAAUUGUUAUUUGUAUAUUUCUUGCAACAAAAUAAAUCGUUUGUUGUGGUUUACAUGUAACAAUUUUUCCGCCAUUUCGAACAAAAACAACAACUGGAAGUGGAUUGCUUAAUCUUUAAAUUAAUUAAUAAAUUAGAAUGUCAUGCUAUAUGUAUUAUAUAAUUUAAAAUAUAAAUAGUUUUUCUAUUUAAUUUUGGUGACAAAAGUACAAAUGAUAUGUGGAUGUAUAUGUAGAUUUCCCGUUAGAAAAAAGAUUGAAACUGACAAUUUAAAGUGUUAUAAAGAUGAUUUAAACACAAAAAACCUGGUUUUUAUCUUUGUUUCUAUGGUAACCAUGGUAACCGAUCAAUCAAAUGUGUAUACGGUAUGAUUAUCGUCAAACAAAAUGUGUGACCAGUUCACGUGGAAAAUUGUGUAUUAAUUGGACCGUUAAAACCAAUGUAACAUGUAAUGCAAGUGAAGUAGGUACAUUUAGCAUAAUCAGGCCUAAACAAGUCAGCAAUGGGAUAUAUAACCUCAUAAAACAAUUCAGCACAGGAAGGGUUAAGACAUGCAUAUCUGAUUAUCGUCUACGCAUUUGUGACUUCAGGAAUAAAUCAUACUCUAAUGGAAGAAAUUUUGUGUGUGAAGUUAAUGCUUCAAAUUUUGUAAAUGUAGUUGAUACAUGUUAGAUCUAUAUCUUGCGUUUUUUUAUGCUUUGAAUUUCCUUCGUUGCAACAUGGAAUGUUUUAGUAUCGUGAAAGUUGAAUGUUUUGUGCUGAAAUAUUGAACUCCCCUGCUUGUGAUAAACCGUUGCAGUCCACAUACCAAAAGAAGAGCAUUAAUUUUAGGUUUCAUGAGCACUAGAAGGUCAAUUUUUACAAACCUGACUCCUCGGGAAAUCCUAUUCUGCCAAAGUGGUGUUUAUUUUUAUAGGGUUGACCCUAUAAGUAUUGUACCUGCUUUAGACUGCUAAACACUUUUAAGUCGUGUACAUUAGAUACAAAAGUAUGCUUUCAGCCUUCUACAUUUGAUCUCUUUUGUCAGAGGUAGCAAGCUUUAUGAUAAGUUUGCUAUUUUAUAUUCUGAGGAAAUCAAAAGUUAAGAUUCUUUGAAAUUUGAUUUCUCUUUGGUAUGUGGGCUAGAUUGAUCUGUGAAUUUGAGAAUUAUCUACCUCAAAAGAAUUCAAACAAAGGGGACUAAUAUUACAUGAAAAUUGUUUUACUUUAAGUGUGUCUGAACAAAAUAUGUUCAUGUGUGUUUGACUGACCGUAGGUCUUUCCAAGUUGUUUAAAACUGCGUGCUGUGGAUGGACGUUAGUAUCUAUGGCAAUGUCAACAUCUUUGGGUAAAUGGUGCCAUCCAGUUGCUAAUAUUACCACCAUUUUUAUUUGAAAUAUUACCUUUCCAUCAUUCUAUUAUCAUAUUAUUGUUAUCUCAUGUCCACACCAAUAUAUUAUUUAGCACCAUUUCGCAGUUUUCAUUUCGUACAAUGUAUCUAAUUGUGAAUUGUUUGGUACUUUUUAAAUAACUUGUUGUGGUUAUUUGAUAUUCAUACGUAUGUAGUUAAGAAUCAGUCAUGUUUUUCUCUAGUUAUAGCAUACAACAUUUUGAAGUAGUUUCCCAUGAUAUAUUGUUUCCCAAUUUUCACUCACAAUCUCUAGUCUUACUUAAAGGGGCCUUUUCACAGAUUUUGGCAUUUUUUUAACUUAUUCAUUAAAUGGUUAAUAUUGAUAAAUGUAAACAUUGGAUCGUAAAAGAUCCAGUAAAAAAUCAAGAAAAAAUUUAAAAAAAGGAAAAGAACAUUGCCCGGAGCAGGUUUCGAACCAGUGACCCCUGGAGUCCUGCCAGAGUCCUGAAGUAAAAACGCUUUAGCCUACUGAGCUAUUCCGCCGAGUACACAUUCGUGACGUAAUUUUUACCUUAUAUAAGCAAUCUUCGUAGUUUCACAAAAUUUAACGACAAAAACAGAACUCUCCAAAUUAUUCAAUCGUUUCGUGUUGCAACGCUUUAUAUUUUUUAGGUUUUAAAAUCGUCAAAAGAUGCAUAUAAUGGCUAUAUUAGAGCAUGGUUAAUGUUCAGUAUUACUGUUUCCUCACAAAUAUCAUAACUAAAACGAAAACUUACGAAUCUGAAACAACUUUUUUCCAUUUUGUCAAUUUACCAAAGCGUGAAAAGAUCCCUUUAAAAAUCAGUUGAACAAAGAGCAUUGUAUUUCAUGAUGAUAUUUCAUUUCUCACAUUUUCUGGUGAAAGAUUCUGCUUUGGCUUCAUUUUAAUUUUCUAUUUCUGUACCAUUUCUAUACCAAGUUACCUGUCGAUGUGCUGCCGCCAUGUGUUCGACACAAUAUUUAUGAAUAAUCCUUGAUUCAACCCUUUGCAUGCUGGAAAAAUUUGUUGUCUGCUAAAAUGUCGUCUGCUGAAUUUCUAAAAUUAGCAUUUUAUUCCUUUUUUUCAAAGAAUACUAUCAGACUAGCAAAUAGUUUGGAUCCUGAUGAGACGCAACGUUCUUUGGCGUCUCAUCUGGAUCCAAACUGUUUGCAAAGGCCUUCAAAAUUCGGUUCUAGCACUGAAAGGGUUUAAAUGUUUUGAAGUCCUAUAAACUUCAAAUCAAGAUAUGGGAUAAGCGGAAUCAGUACUAGUCUACAGUACUAAGAUUUUUAAUGGCUUUGAAAAAAAGACAACAAAUAUUCAUUUAAUUCAAAUUUAGAUCUAGAAAACAGUUCCUUUUCAGGUUAUUUUUUUAAUAAGAAUAUGAAAUAAACACUAUCAGGUUUCUUUUCUUCUAAUUUAACCUCAGCAGAUAUGUUUUCUUCCAAUUGAGUAGAUUGUAUGGAUGUUGUGAUGUUGUUUUUCUUAUAUUUUUACAAUCUAAAAUCAUUUUUAUAUCUGGUUCGAUGUUGUUUAAGACCAGAACUCUGUUGAUAUGAAAUGGAUGAUUUCCGACAAUUCAGGGCAAAUUAUGUUUGUAAAUAUACUGAACGUGUAGACUAGGUUAUUUUAAUUAAAGUUUUGAUGAUGUCAUAGGUGGACUAUGAUAUUAAUGACCUUGUACAUUGAAAGAUGUAUAUAAUAUAUUAUGAAAACAUUAAAAAAUAUUAGAAACCAA